CAGAUUCAGAGGUGGGACAAAUGAUGAAGUCCCAACCAGGCACUGCAACGAUGCUGCUGCUCAUCACUUUCUGCCUCAGUUUGGUCCCUGUUUGUUUCAGCGCUGCAAUUCCUGUUUCAUGUGGGUCCAUCUACAAAGGUUUUGCUCAGUGUUUACUCACACUUGGAGACAGUUUGGUGGAAACUCAAAAAGACCAGAACACGCAGGACAUUGAUUCAAUCUGCAGGUCCUGGAAUGCAUUCCAUGUUUGUGCCAACUCAGCUCUGGCCGGCUGUCCCGGAGAAACAGCAGCUGUCUGGGAGUCUCUAAGACAAGAGUCCAGGAAGACACAGUUUUCUGGAAACCUCUACGACAUGUGUGCCAGCCGCACCACUUUCCCACCCAGCACAGUGCCUGCACCCCAAAGUCCUCCCACCUCCGACCAGACCAACCAGGAAACGCUGAAAGGGCAAACAUACAAGCACAGCCCUACCCUCACCACACUGUUGUUCCCUGUAUGCAGCACCUUACUGCUCCUGCUCAGGAGUUAGUUAACCUCUCUAAGUCUUUUA